AUGCUCCAAUCCGCCGCCUCCGCCGCCGCAUCCGCUCGUUGUCCGGAGUCCAGUAUCGCCGCCGCCUCGCCCAUCUCGUUUCACUCCCCGUCCCCCGUCUCCCAUCAUUUACCACAAGCAUCGUACAGAGGUUUAGGCAGCAUGUUUACAGGGUCGGCCACUCCGUACGCGUUAGAGUCCAAUCGCCUUCUCUCGCCUUCUCGCCAGCAGCUUUCCCGUCUUAUCGCGCCAUCUACCCUUUUCCCUUGUCCGCGAUUGUCGCAGCGGUCGAUCACAGCAAGUUAUGGAAGUAACCCGAGUGGUAACCCUUUCGGAUUCCCUUUGGGUAACAUUUUCUCCCUACCACCGUCAUCUUUACCGAUCUCCGGUCCUUUUAACGGCGACAUCCAUUCGUCCAAGCCUUUCCACCAAUGGCACCUGUCAGCCGUCAGAUCUGACGGCGACGGCGUGGCCGGUGAGUUGGACGGGUCUGGCCCGCCGUCAGAAGCCGCGAAGCCGGUGGUGGUGCUGCUUGGGUGGCUCGGCGCGCAGCAGCGGCAUUUGCGGCGGUACACUGAGUGGUACACGUCACGCGGUUUCGACGUAAUCACGUUCGUCAUCCCGUUUAAAGACGUCCUUAGUAUCCGACCCGGAGAGAAGGCGGAAGUUCACGUGGACAGUUUAGUAGACGAGCUGCACAGGUGGCUAUCGGGAACAGGUCCAGAGGCGGCGUUAUCCGCCACGUCAGCCCCCGUAAAUCAGGGAGAGGCGAAAGAGCCACGCACGCUGAUGUUUCACACUUUCAGUAACACGGGAUGGCUGACCUACGGAGCGGUACUGAAUCGGCUGCAUGAUAAGUACGGCAAGGCGGCAAUCGACGCGGCGAUCAAGGGAUGCGUCGUAGAUUCCGCGCCGAUCUUGGAGCAGGACCCCCAGGUGUGGGCGCGCGGAUUCGCCGCCGCGAUUUUGCAGAAGCGCAGCUCCGCCACCCGCGCGGGGCGCACGGAGGUUUCCGCCUCUGCGGAAGCGUCCGCUGCUGCUGGCCCAGCAGUUCCGAAGGCCGAAUCAUCUUCCGCGGGCGGCGCUGCGAAGGGAAGCGCUGAAGCGGCUGAGAAGGAGGCGAAUGGGAAGGUGUGGGAGGUGACGGAUAGAGGCGAGUGGGACGCACAGCCGAGAGACGACCCUCGCCGUGCGGCAUCCGACGGUCCGAAACACCACCAUCGCAGUUCCCUAGGCUUCGCGUCUCUCACUGCUGAGAUGGAUCUUGUGGAGGAGGGGGAGGGGGAGGAGAGGAGGCGGAGCGCAGGUGGUGUAGCGGGAGUGCGAGCGCUGGAGGGAGGAGUAAAGAAGGUGGUGAAAGCGGAAGAAGAUGCGGUGGAGAAGACGUUGCUGAACGUUCUGCGAAGGUUCUUCACGUGGGUGCUGCAGAUCCCUGUUGUCAAGACCAAGCUCGACACAGUCACAAGCACACUCGCCUCAGAGCAGCCCGAGUGCCCACAGCUGUAUCUCUACAGCACAGCAGACACUGUGAUUCCCGCAGAGGCCGUCGAGUCGUUCAUCCAACGGCAGAGAGCGCGCGGGUGCGCCGUCAUGUUCAAGAGAUUUGACUCCUCGCCGCACGUGGACCACUACCGAACCUUCCCGGAAAUAUACUCGGCAGAGCUGGAGGCGUUUCUGAAAAAGUGUCUGCAGCAGAAGCAGCAGCAGCAGCAGCAGCGGCAACAGCAGCAUAAGAAUUCCAGGCACAAUGGGAAUAGCAGAGAGGCCGGGUUUGGGAGGUUACAGCCAGCCCUUGCCGUGGUUGAAUGA